CUUAUUGCUUCCCCCCUUCGUCAGCUCUCUCUAUCACACCCUUCACCCCUCCAAUCCGUCUCCUCCUUUUUUCUUUUUUCUUCUUCUUCACAUUUCCAGGGAUCUCGCUUCUCCGCCCGCUUGUCCCAGCCAUAAUCUGCUGCGUCGCUGUGUGGCUUAUUCAAUAGAUAUCGUUCGAACCAUCGUCGAACAAUAUCCGACGCAGUACUCGAAAUUCCACUCGUCCCGGUACCGAAGAGCGGAUCCUAACCCCAGCUCAUACCUCACGACCACCCUACACACUCAACUUCUUUCUUACUAUUUUCUUAGUUGAGAGAUAGCAAUAUAAUAUCCGACUGGCUGGCAAUUAACUAGCUUGCAUAUUUGUCAUUAUCGCCAAAUCAACCGAACAGAUAAACUGCGGGAACCAGAACAAGUAUCUCGUUUGCUAAUUUUCCUCCAGCAAUCCACAGAACUUCUAGUACUUCUUGAAAGUGCAAUCGGUUAACAACUAAAUAUGGCGGAUUUGCAAGGACGUAAGGUCUUCAAGGUGUUCAAUCAGGAUUUUAUCGUUGACGAGCGAUACAAUGUGACUAAGGAGUUAGGACAGGGCGCAUAUGGCAUUGUCUGUGCUGCCACGAAUGUUCAGACUGGGGAGGGUGUUGCAAUCAAGAAGGUUACAAAUGUAUUCAGCAAGAAAAUCUUGGCCAAACGUGCCCUGCGUGAGAUCAAACUUCUCCAGCAUUUCCGCGGCCAUCGCAAUAUCACGUGCUUGUAUGACAUGGAUAUCCCGAGACCAGACAAUUUUAAUGAAACUUACUUGUAUGAAGAAUUGAUGGAGUGUGACUUGGCUGCGAUCAUCCGAUCUGGGCAGCCUUUAACCGACGCUCACUUCCAAUCCUUUAUUUACCAAAUACUCUGUGGCUUGAAAUAUAUACAUUCUGCCAAUGUCCUGCAUCGAGACCUUAAACCAGGCAAUCUGUUGGUUAAUGCUGACUGCGAGCUUAAAAUUUGCGACUUCGGCCUUGCCCGUGGCUUCUCCAUUGAUCCCGAUGAGAACGCCGGCUAUAUGACUGAAUAUGUUGCUACCCGAUGGUACCGCGCUCCUGAAAUCAUGUUAAGCUUCCCCAGCUAUACAAAAGCCAUUGAUGUUUGGUCUGUUGGCUGCAUCUUGGCCGAGCUGCUUGGUGGUCGACCAUUUUUCAAGGGCCGUGAUUACGUUGACCAACUCAACCAAAUUCUCCACUACCUUGGAACACCCAAUGAGGAAACCCUCUCACGCAUCGGCUCUCCCCGUGCACAAGAGUACGUCAGAAACCUCCCGUACAUGCACAAGAUCCCUUUCCAGCGCCUCUUCCCGAAUGCGAACCCAGACGCGCUUGAUCUACUGGACAGAAUGCUGGCCUUCGACCCUUCUUCUCGUAUAUCUGUUGAAGAAGCUCUUGAGCAUCGCUACUUGCACAUCUGGCACGACGCCUCGGAUGAACCCUCAUGCCCCACUACAUUCGACUUCCAUUUUGAGGUCGUCGAGGAUGUACCAGAAAUGAGGAAAAUGAUCCUUGAAGAGGGCACUCAGACACCAACCGUGGCAGGGCAGCAGGCACAGCAGCAGGCACAGCAGAAUGUCCCGAUUCCGGAAGACCACUCUGGCCCCUGGAAACAGGAAGAUCCCCGGCCCCAAGAGGCUAUAUAUGAUAGCUCCCGAAAUCCCAAUGACUUGGAGGCAUCACUCCAAAGGGGAAUGGAUGUUGUUAGAUAAGUAUACUAUCUAGACGGGAAGAAAAGCAAUGAACAAGAAUAAAAGAUUUACCAAUACACCUGAUACACGCAAUUGCCACUGGAACACUUUUUUCUUCGAAGAAUUUCACAUACGCUGCUCACUUUUUGUUCCUCCAUUUGACACCUUAUCCUAUGUAUGGUUUCUCUUUCUUUUAACCAGUGACCUUCUUGGGAAGGCUGUACUUUGAUUGUAUUUUUUGCCUUCGUUCGCUUGCUUUCUUCGUAUUGCGAAGUUCGUGAUUUCCAGCACUCAAAACGGGAUUAUCAGGUUUUUGCUUUUCUCCUUUAUUCGAAUGCUUUUGCAAAUUUUAAGACAAAAAAAAAUAUUUGAUACACUGGAUGAAAUACGUUGUUGUGCCCCAAAACCCGAACGGAUUGAAUUGAUAGAUUGGGUCAUCUAGGAAGAGAAUGAAUGGGAUGUUCUUUUCAACUUCCUUUUGCGAGUUAAGUUCUAUCAAGCAGUCAACCAUAUAUAGGAUAUUCAUCCGAGUUGUUCUUGGGAGACGACAUGAAAUAUAAAGACUGCUAUUACUG